AUGCAGCUUCUCCGCGCCCCAGCUAUCCUCCUUGCUCUCUUUGCUCUCUUGGCGAACGCGGUCGCAGUCUCUUAUCGGGGUCUCACGAACGCUGAACGACUCGCGCGCGGUCUUCCUAUCGCGAAACCCCAGUUUGGGCGAAAUCUGCCUGGUCGCGCACCCACCCCCGCCUCAGGCGCAAAGCGGUCGCAGUCAGCCUCGCCAUCGCCGUCCGCAUCAUCCUCGUCCUCGUCCUGGGGCUCCUACUCAAAAUCCCUCUAUGGUCGCAUUGAGGUGCUCACGAGCUCAGGCACCCAUCUCGGCUUUCUUUCUAGUUUUACGAAUGGCACAGUGGGCGUGAACUACGGCACGGACUCCGAGUCCUCCGACCUCAGUGUUAGUUUCACGACAAAGGCGAACGGAAAGGAUCGCUUUGAUGUGUUGAUAAAUAAUGCUGGUGUGUCGCAAACGUACCUCGGCGCGACCUCGAACGCCACUCUGGAUAGUGGCUCACCGUCGUACGUCUCGUUUGGUGUUGACUUCAACCACACGACGGCUGAACUGACCGACUCCAUCUUACACAGGUUCGCCGAGUUCGGUCUAGUCUCUCAGCAGACGCCCGUGUACUCUCCUCCUUUGGCUUCAGGGAAUCAAACUGCCGAGUCCAAAAUCUGGUCGUACACCUCUGGCAGCAAACAGAUCAAGGCGAACUACGUCAAUCCUGACAGCUCCGUACCGACGACACUUAUCGGCUACAGCAGCCACAGCAACUCCCUCGUGUUCGUCGGUGACAUAGAUGCGUAUAACAACGCAUCGUCGAGCGCAGACAACUCGUUGACAUCAGUGGAGUUUUAUCUGUACUAA